AGGCUGCGACAGGAACUCUUCCGUUCGGUCAUUUUCUCGGCAGUUUUUUAUUGUUUAGUGUUUGUGACAUCUCAGCUAGGCCUCAGCUGCUAGAAACCCGUGCAAGCAAGGGUGAUGUCGUCUGUUUCGUCUCAGAUGUGCCCAACUGGGCUGCGCGUGCUGCAGGACCCCGGCAUUGGCCAGAAUCCGGCGGCAGACAGCGAGAAAUAGGCCAGUUCGCACCUUCUGAGUCUCGCGCCAGGCCGCACAGCCUGGCCACCUUACUUCAGCAGAAUGAUGCAGCCAGCGACCUCGUCAUAUUUUUCUUCUGCAUUCAACCAACAGGUUGUAACCAACGGACUCCCUGGAAUUGGCAGAGGCAGAGGGUACGCUUCCCCUGCAGAAAACACCAGCGUAUUUUUUGCUGGCAGAGAGAAGAGAAAAGCCAAAGGUUCUCGUUCAUCUUCACCGAUGGAGAGUGGCAGUGCAGCUGCGGCCGUACUCUACGCCAGGUAUCCCCAAAUGAAAGACCUCGGGGUAGUAGAACGGACUGGUCCGCCCCACGAACCUCUGUUCACGGUCGUCGUGAGCGUAAAAGGACGGCAGUUCCGUGGCGUUGCUGCGUCGAAAAAAGCAGCCAAACACGAGGCAUGUCGCGCUGCACUUCGGGAGCUUCACCCGGACGGCUAUGGACAACCAGUAGAACCCAACAGCAACCACGCAAUGGCCAACGGCGUCGGCCAUUGUGUCGACUCUGAAGCUGCUGCUUCUUGUGUUGAAAUUCUACCGUCGGAGAACGGACACGCGAACGGCACAAUUCAGUGCAAUGGAAACGGCGCGAGUGCGGACUUCGGUGCUAGUGCGGCGAGUACCGGCGCACUGUUACCGGGCGGACGUUGUCCGUUCGUUGGCUCCAAGUCGUGGAAUCCUGCUCGACGGCUUCGGAGUCAGUUGUGCGACAUGCGCUGCCCGGCUGAAGUGUCACAGAAGUUCCAGAAGAGCGCCUUGAUGUUGUUGAAUGAAUUAUUUGGCAGUGACGUGGAGUGGGGCGAUUUUGAAACGUGCGGACCACCGAACAAGCGCACCUUUCGUAUUAUCCUGAAGGUGAAAGUGGGCGGUGGUGAGAUUCGUGAUUUCCCUGGUGAGUCGGGCAAGAAGCGAGAGGCGAAGCAGGUCGCGUCCUUUGCUGCUCUCAAGCAGCUGUCGAUGGAGGGCGAAGAGGAGGACUUUGGCGAGAGUGAAGGCGAAGGUAGCUUCAACACGAACCUGUUGUUGGCAAGUGGUGGCAGUGCUGCUGCUGCCGCCGCAGGUACAGCUGCUGACGGUGUCGGCAAGCCUGAGAGGGACGACAUUCUGUCUGGACGAGGUGUUGGUCGGCCUCGGCGAAUGGCGCCACGCAAGGCUCGCAAGACACCCCUACAGCAGCUGAACGAGAUGCUGCCCAACACGCCGUUCACGCUGAUCGACGAAGUCGGCCCGGCGACGGGCCGCUUCACAUUCGCCGUCACCGUACGCGGACAAACGUUCCACGGCACCGGCGUGUCGAAGAAGGAGGCGAGCCACCGCGCCGCCGCCCAGGUCCUGCAGAGCAUCUACAGCAUCAACUUUGACGACAUGGAAGCCAGCAGCGAGCACAGCGGUGGCCGAUUCGACGACCGCAGCGGGCAGGCGACGCCGGACAUGCUGUCGGAAAGCGGCGCCGGUGCCGCCGACUUCGGAAGUGGGGGCGCGGCGGCAGGCGACCGAGCCGAGACGCCGUGCGACGAGCAAGCGCAGCUGGCGUCUGGCCUGUCGCAGCGGCCGUCCAAGCUGCACGCCGAGGUGGCGCGUCAAAGCCUGGGCAAGUACCACGAGCUGACCGCGCUCAUACCGCUGACGGCGGUCGGACGCAAUAUCUUCGCCACCAUCGUGAUGCACAAGUACCCGCCGCAGCCAGCGCGAGCAACAAGUUGCCAGUCUAGUAAUGGUGCUUGUGCCGGCAUGGCUGGCAUCAAGGAGGAGGAGAAUGACGUUACGUGCAGCAACAAAGACGACGAGGAGGAUGACCCCUUGCCUGGUGGAUUCGAAGUCGUGGCUAUCGGCACGGGCACCAAGGUUAUCGACGGCAAUUGCCUGAGUACGGAGGGCAAUCGCGUUCAUGAUUGUCACGGCGAGGUCGUAGCUCGACGCGCGUUUGUGCGCUAUCUGUACCGUCAGCUGGAGCUGUGCGUUGAGUCUCUGGACACCAGCGCUGCCGCAGCUGCUUCGAGCAACAACUCCAUAUUCGAGUAUGUGGGCAGCAGCCGCGGCUUCGCAUUGAGGGACGGGAUUGACUUCUACAUGUAUGUCAGCUCGUCACCCUGCGGGGAUGGCCGUGUGUUUGUCGCAGCGGACAACUGCACAACGCGUAAACAGGACAACCACCCGCGCCGCAUAUCCCGUGGACUGUUGCGGUACAAGGUGGAGAUCGGCGAGGGUACGUUGCCAAGCGGCGACGAUCACAUUCAGACGCUGGACGGCAUUCUUGGUGGCGAGCGGCUGCGGACCAUGUCGUGCUCUGACAAAAUGCUGUGCUGGAAUGUGCUGGGCCUGCAGGGAACCCUGCUGACUCACUUCAUCGAUCCUGUGUACGUGAAGGCCAUCGUCGUCGGCAACCUCUACUCGCACGAGCACAUGAAGCGCGCGCUGACCAGCCGCAGUGUCGGCGCGGAGCUGUGCGGCCCCUAUGCUGAGAGCUUGCAGAACCCGCCCGAGCUGACGCACCUGCCGAUUCAGGCGAUUGUCGAACGCCGCGAUACCGCCCGUGCCGCAAUUCACAGCUUUGACUGGACCAGCGGAGAUGCAACCCUGGAGAUUCUGCAAGGCUCAUCCGGCCUUCAAGUCGCAGAGUCUGCGGCCCGCAUCUGCAAGCGCUCCUUCUUUGAGCGUUUCACUGCACUGCGUGAGCGCCUAGCAAGCAUUGGCCUCACUAACUUAGAUGUCCUAAAUAUCAAACUGUGCGACACCUACCGUGGGGUCAAGUCCCAGGCUAUAGCGCACCGCCAAGCGAAGAAGGCGCUCAUGUCCCAUCUGGAGAAGUCGAACGGCUUUUGGAUGAAGAAACCAGUGGAGGUUAGCGACUUCUACCUGUGAGAGACUCGGUGUGAUGUGCGUGCGUGUGUUUCUGUAUGUGUGUGCGUGCGCGCGCGUGUGUGUGUGUGCAUGUAACUAUCUGUUCGUUUGUAUGUUUGUACGGUCACUACGGCAGUUUUGUGUUGGCGAAGCAAUGCUUCCAUGCUAGAUGCCAGCCAGUCCGUUUUUGUUAUUGUCAGUGUGUCUUGUGUUGUUUAAGCUGAUGUGUUUGUUGCUACUGCUGCUGCUGCUGGUGAUGGUGCUGCAGCUGGUGCUCUUGUUGUUUCGCUUCGCUACUUCGGCUGGAUGUUGGCUGUGCGUGUAUGUUGGUCCAGUCCAGUCGAGUGUGUCGUUGUAUAAUUCUACUACUGUUGAAAUAGUAUCGCCAGGGCUGUGUCCCACUCCCAUACGGCUUGUGUGUGUGCUCCCCUCCUUGUACCCCCCCCCCCCCCCCGGCAAGAUCCUUCUUAUUUCCGAAUCUCACUGCCCAAGGGUUGCUACUUUAUAAGCUGAAACCGAAGAAGCAUUUCUCAUCCAAGCAUAAACAGUCCCAAGAACUAUUCUUAUGAUACCAAGCGAACCAACUGAAUCCGUAUCUCUGUCUUAUUCCAGCACCAGUUCCUACCGGCAGGACCCGUGGUCCUGCCGGUAGGACGGCAUGCGACCGCAAACCACUCUGAUCACAAUGGCAGAGUUCUUUGCCCGAAUUAAAUUUUUCACUCAUUCUCGUGACGGUGUGUUUCUUCAUUUUUUUCUCUCAUUUUAUUCGUGUUUCCCCUCUAUCUAUUCCAGAGAAGUAUUAUCAUGUUGAUAACCCACAACAAAAAAGUUGCAGUUGUGUUACGCCCUUUUCUUCUCACCUUAAAAGUUUCCACGAACAGUCGGCUUUCUGCCCCCUGCGUCUCUGCCACAGUUGCAACUUUCUUGUUUGUCGAAAGUGGUUUACUCGGCUUUUCCUUGACUCUUUAUUCGGUUUGUAUGUUUUGAUCAUUCUGCCAGUUUUGAGCUUUUCAGAGUGUUUGAAUGUUUCGGCCCUUGGUUUGUUUCAUCGCCAAAUCUUUAUUAUUCAGUGUGUGUUUCUUGUGUUGAUUGCGAUGUUCCGUCCGCUGUGUCACUAUCUCUAUAAUCUUUCUAUUCUGAUGCUGCGUUGGUCAGUCAGUGUCUUUGAUUGAUAAGAAGAGAGUGAUUUCCUCGUGAA